UGGUGAUAAUUUUGAUGUAAUUAUUUUUGAUUAUUUGAACUGUCAUUUUUUUAAAUGAAUUAUGAAUGAUGAUGAUUGUGAUGGCAGCAGCUGUGUCCGCCCUCCCCAGCAUGCGUCAAACUCGCCCCUCCUCCUCCUCCUCCUCCCACCCCCUCCUCCUCCUCCUCCUUCUCCUCCUCCGCUCCUCCUCUCAGUGCUGCCGCUGUAAGCUUCCCAUCCCCAUCACAGACGGACCAGCAGGAUGGAGGCCCUGGUGAAUGACUGGUUGUGGCGAGACGAGUACUGGCUUCCCCCCGGAGUCCACUGGAGGGACAUGGAGGACGUGGAGGGCGGGGACCGUUUUCCUCGACCCAGGGACCUCCUCUUCACGCUGCCACUGGCCUUCGCCUUUAUGGCCCUCAGAUAUGUCUUUGAGAGGCUCGUUGCCGUCCCGUUUAGCAAAUAUUUGGGGGUGAAGGAUCAGGUUCGGGUCCGAGCUGCUUCCAUCCCAAAGCUGGAGACCUUUUACAAACAGAGGAGCCGACAACCGUCUCAAAGCGAUGUGGCGAGCCUCGGGAAACAAUGUGGACUCUCACAGAGAAAGAUCCAGACCUGGUUCAGACACAGAAGAAACCAGGACCGACCCAGCAACACUAAAAAGUUCUGCGAGGCCUCGUGGCGGUUUGUCUUCUAUCUUCUAUCAUUCACGGCAGGGCUUGGCUCUUUAAUCAACACUCCCUGGUUGUGGAACCACAGAGAUUGUUGGAGAGGAUUUCCUAAACAGCCUGUGGCUGAGGCUCAUUACUGGUACUACUUCCUGGAGAUGGGUUUCUACUUGUCGCUGCUGAUGAGUGUGUCUGUGGACGUCAAGAGAAAAGAUUUCAAGGAGCAGGUCAUUCAUCACAUCGCCACUAUUUUCCUUCUUGGCUUCUCCUACUGCGCCAACUACGUGAGGGUUGGAACUCUGGUGAUGCUGGUUCACGACUCCUCCGACUUCCUGCUCGAGUCUGCCAAGAUGUUUCACUACGCCGGCUGGACCAGACUGUGUGACAGCCUCUUUGUCGUCUUCGCUCUGGUUUUCCUUUUCACCCGACUGGUGGUGUUUCCUUUCAGAGUUGUCCACACCACACUGGUGUUGUCCUCAGAAUUCUUCCAGCCUUUCUUCGGUUAUUACUUCUUCAAUGCGCUGCUGUUAGUCUUACAGGCUCUGCACGUCUUCUGGGCCUAUCUCAUCCUACGCAUGGUCUACAAGUUUGUCUUUUUGGGCAAGGUUGAGCGUGACGAGCGCAGCGACGCGGAGAGCGAGGUGGACGAUAAUGACGAGGAAGAACCCGAGGAGGACGGGGAUGAAUGCAGCUGGGAGCAACGGAAGGGUGCGAUUAACUCUAAAUUAGCAUCUUUGGCUAACAACUGUGUGCUGAACAACCUGACUCAUCAGAGGAACAUAAACAGCAGGAUGCCCAAGGCCAGAUAGUGGAGACGUUCCCGUCGCCGUGGUCCAGUCCACACUGGACAAAUCGAUGUUUUCCCUCUGUGUCCUCUGGAGAUUUGACUCGUACAGUACGAUCACGUUGGCAGUUUCACACCAGGGUAGGUUCGCAUCUCAUUCAUCAUCACAGAAGACACAGCUGCACUGCUGUGUCACAGUGGAAAGAGACUACAUUAGUGUCUUCACUCAUUCCACUAAAGGUAAAAUAAAUUGUUAUUUUCUAUUUAUACUGUUGGAUUGAACUGCGUUAAAGCCUAAAGUAGAGGCUGAUUCUCUGAUUCUCCAAAAGAGAAUGUUUUGUACAAAAAUCAACUUUUGCCUCUAAAUAUAACUGAAACGAAAAGAAAAAUUAAGUAAAUUUAGAGAUAGAGUAAGUUUUUAUUUCUCUCGCCGAUUUUGUAUCCACAUACAUGAACUUAUGUCGUACAAACAUUAGUGAGGAAAAAACAAAAGUAACAGUAGUGAAUUAGUCAACAACCACUGGAUAGUUGUUUAUACCUAAGACUCACACCUUUAAUUUAAAUACAUUUUAGAAAUAUGAAAGAAAAACUAAUUUAAUUUGAUAAAAAUUAGAUUUAGUUUAUUGUGUUCUCUAUAGCUGAUACUUGAUUUGUAGAAGCGAUAUGGCGCCCCCUUGUGCACAUAGAAGGACAUAUCCUUGAGAGGCUGAAACUUCCUGUAUCUAAAAAAAAAAAAACUUUGAGAAAGAAUACUGAAAAAGGGAGUGAGAGGAAUCACCAUCAGUUCGUAGUAAUGUUUGCUCUUUCAUCCGUUGCUUUGUGCCUUGGCUGCUGUUUUAACACUUGUUGUUGACUAGUCUGUGUACAGUAAUAGUUUUUUUUAUUUUUCUGGACCAGAUUUUUUUUUUUUGCUGUGUUUGUGCUCGUCCUGAACUGUUACUUGUUGGUGUUGCUGGUAACAUGUGAGUGAGCCAUGAAGCCACACAGGCCUUAUGUACAGAACAUACGGUUUAGAUGAUACGUUAGAGGGAGUUAGUAGCUGAUGGUUCACAGGCCCAGUGUGUAACUUUAAGAAGAGUUUACUGGCAGAUGUUGAAUUUAUUUCUCAUAUUUAUGUUUUUGUUUUGUUUUUUAAAAGUGUACCUUAACUUAAAUGAAGCUUUUAGGGGGGGUGUUUCUGUGAACCAAGGCUGCCAUCGUUCACCGCUUUUGGAGAGGGUGGAUAAAUUCAGUCAAUGUGAAAUUACCAACUAUUUCUCCACCGUUUUAUGACCGGGUUUCAUAUGUAUUCGUCCAAUGAAAUUUUUUUUUUUUUAAAAAGUAUAGAGAAGUGCAGCGGACCUGAAUCAAAUUUGAUGAUGUGAUUUAUUUUGAGACAAACAGACACUGUGGUUCCAUGUGGCAUUAGUGAACGGAGGAGUCCUGUGAUCGUUACAGUUUCACCAUUAGAUGUCGCUGAUGCUAACACACUGGCACUUUAAUGCUGAAAUAAAGACAGGCCUUGACAAUGAAGCUUUACCAGGAAAUGAUUAUUUUCAAAAUGAUGAUUUUGAUGGGAUAUGGUCAGCUUGGUCGUAGGGUCAAAUACAGUGUGUCUAACACUGCCGAAAUCUACUGUUAUAUUUUCAUAGGUCAAUAAAAAAAAAACACUGUCUUAUGCACUGGGAAAUGUUCUUACAAAGUACAUUAAAACAGACGAGAGUGGGGUUCAAUCUGAUGACAGAAAUACCAUAAAGGGCUGAUCCACUGAAGAGUUUAACCCCACCACACGUUACUGAAAAUAACAGGAAAAAAAAUGUGACUUUUACACCUGUUACACUGGACUGUUCUGUUCUGACUGUACAGAUUAAUGCUUUGUUGGUUGUGUGGGGAUUUGUUGAAGUUUGAAUAAAUUAUGUUCUAAAAUUCA